AUGAUGGUCUUUGACGAUGUUCUGGACCCUGAGAAAUUACGAAGCACAUUGUGCAUGUUAGCAGAGAGGGAGGGCUGGCAAAAGAUUGGUGCUCGGUUAAAACGCCGCUGGAAUGGGCGGUUAGAAUAUCAUAUCCCAAGCGAGUUUACGUCCAGUCAGCCCGCCAUUAGGUUCUCACAGGAGCUGUACGGCAUAGACAUAAAGGAUCACCCAAUUGCGUCUCACAUAUCUGACAUAGGACCUGCCGAAUAUCCUUUUGUUGUUGCCCAUUCGGAGGCAUUCGUCUCCCUGGCAUAUGACCAAAAGGCUCCUAAAACGGCCUGGGGUUUUUGUGAUGGUAUGGGGAUGAAAUCUCUCCUUCAUGCGUGGACCCUGCUGCUUCAAGACCCGGAGGCCAAGGUUCCAGUGCCCUACGGAGCUGAUACCAACCCUUUGGCAACCCUUGGCCAAAACCCAACUGAGCCAUACAGGUGCCUAGAUCAACGGUUAUCGAAGUGGCAGAAGCUGGUGGGUGUCUCUUUGAGACUGCCGAGGUUUUUGUUAUACCAACGCAUAAACCGAGUUGUCUGCGUUCCGUCUUCUCUGAUCGCAUCGUUACGGAAAGAAGCCUUGAAAGACAUUGGCAAGGUCCCAAAUGCGAAAACCUCUUUUGUCAGCGAGAACGAUAUUCUUUUCGCCUGGUGGGCCCGAAUAGUAUUCUCAUGUACGCCCCGAAAUCGAAAUCACAAGAUCAAUCUUAUCACGACUGCUUCACGGAGAGGUCCGCUAUCAAAGGAUCUGCUGCCUUCAGAUUCCGUUUACCUAUCGAAUGCCAUCGGUUUCCUGCAGACGUUGGUGACUCGAAAGGAACUGCUCGAUGAGCCACUCGGAUAUACGGCUUAUCGAAUCCGGCGGACUAUACAGCAGGACAACACGAGAGAACAAAUUGAAGCUCAGGAAGCUCUGGCUGCAAAGUCGAUACUCGGGUUACCGGCAUGGCUGGGAGAUUUGUCAACGGAGGCACUUCUAAGUGCAAGCCAGGGAAAAGUGAACCUGUAUAGCUUGGACUUCUCUGGUGCAAGAAAAGAUCAGCCUUCAAAGCCAAAUUCCCCCGUCAGACCAUACUAUUGUCAAAACUUCCUUCCCGGUGAAAUCUCCCACAUUAUUUCACCAAACUGUUUGUUUUUCGGUAAGGAUGCAAACGGGAAUUAUUGGAUCUCUGCCACUUUGAGAAGGACAGUUUGGGACCGUGUCGAGGAGGCUCUCUCCGAGUCAGAUUGCUCGACGAAACUCUCCUAG